AUGAAGGCGCUAAGCGCCUUCAUCUUCAGAGACCAAGAAAACGACGCACCAAACGAGGGUGGUACUAAGGCCGAAACAACAGAACAGGUUUCCCAGGCGGCACAGUCGACAGAAGAAGAAACCAAUAACGCGGGGCGAACGAGCGACCAGGGUCAGUCGGAGGAGACGAGCCCUCCAAUUUUAAAAAAGGCGGCAAACACGAAGGCGGCCAAUGAGUUUAGCGGUUCGGAAGCAUCGUAG